UUAUGCAACGAACCGUAGUGAGCGCAGUAGAAUCUCCAUUAACCUGUCUCCUGGCGAAUAUCAUCACUUUUUUCAAAUAAAUUUCACUUGCUUUGUGCGUACACAUUAGUUUGUUCACAGUUCACAGAUCUCAUCGAAAUGGCUGAAGGACUACUGCCUAAAUCACAACUGCCUAACGCCAGACAUAAUGCUCUUAUUGAAAGCCCGGUUUCAGAUAUGAUAAAAGUCUCGGUUCAUGUUCAAGACGACGGUCUCUGUAGAGAUUUCGAGCUUCAAUUGGCCGAAUGCGUCGAGGCUUAUGGAUUCUACAGAGGACAGACUAAAUGCGAAGCAAUGAUUCACGAUCUUUCCGAAUGUUUGAAAGGCGAAAAACGCAGAAGUAGGAACGACAUAAUAUACGGGGAGAUGACUCGGCAGGUAGAAAACGGAGAAAGAAAAUAUGAGAAGCCCCCAUUCUUAGCUUUCAUUCGUUAACAGUGAUGUAAAAGUUGUGUAAGUGUCAAAAGUGGAUGCAUAACAGAAUAAUCUGAAAUAAAUUAGGAUGAGAAGAAA